AUGGAAAGCAUCCAAAACAACAGCAACACCAUGUCGAUCGACACGGAUAGCUGGACUCAGCUAAAGUACCAGGAUGAACCUCAACAAGGGAUCGACACGGAUUUACAGCCAUUGGUGGACAAAGUUUUCCCCAUUUUCCAGGAUAAUCUUAAAGCCGAACCAGUUACUGACGACGAGCUGCACCACCUGCACCAAAGCCUGAAGAAGCAAAAGCAGUUGCUGUAUGUGUACGAGUCAUUUUUUGUGAAAACCGAGAGAAUUAUGCAACACAUAGUAGUUCCGCAGUUUUGGGCCCGUUUUACAUCAUCCUCCUCGUCACCGAACGAGUUAUCGCGGGCCAGCUUCGUACAGUUCCACAAUGCCGUAAAAGAGCUGUACGAACAGUUUGCGUUCUUCCGGCGCCAGCUGAAGCGACUGGAACGGGUUUGUCCAGCGAAGGAAGUGCCGUACGCUAAAAGAAAACUACCGAGUGAAGUGUUUGUGUUUUGCAACCACCUGCACACUAUGCUGCACUCUCAACUUCCGGAUAAUUUUUACGAAAUCGUGUACCCGUUCUAUGCGAUCGCUUUCCGCGUCUUCAUUUACAGCCACCUGCAGGAAGGGGAAGAGUAUAUGGAGGUGGCGGAAGCGAACCGCUGUAUGGCAUGCAGCAUGCCGAACGGUGGCGAUUGCCAGUGUCAGGCGAUUGCGGACGCAUUUACCAGCACGAACCGCUAUUUGUCGAUGAUGGGAAUUUUGGAAGAAUUUUCAGGCUAUACGCUAAACCAGCUGAUACUGGAGCGUAUCGAUGCGAAGGUAAACGAGACGAAGGAAAAUUACGCCACCUCGCACAUGGAGCAGCUGGAACGCUGGCUUAAUACAGUGGUAAUGCAAUGGUUGACGCGCAUCUACAACAAAGGCUCGCUGCAGAUCAAUCCGGAGCAGACCAGUUUGCAGCGCAACAUUGCCAAGAUGCAGAGAAAGCUGUUGUUUUACACGUACGAUAAGUAUGCAAACAUGAUCGUCGAUCAGUUCUUUCAGAUUAUUAUCAAUUUUCCGCUGUCCCAGCCUGCGGUGGAUGAUCUUAAGCUGUGCCUUAGUAAGAUCAACAUAAAUCGUUGCUUUGUGAGCACCAUACGUAAUAUGUUGUGCGAACGAUUGUUACAUACGGGCGUUGACACACCGGACAUACUGACCGGAUAUGUGGCGGCACUGAAAACGUUGGCCCAUUUCGACCCGAGCACAGUAUUGCUACGCUCGAUCACCAAACCGAUCAAAGAGUAUCUGCGGGGACGAAGCGAUACGGUACGGUGUGUCGUUACCAGCUUUACCGGCGACGGAACAUCCGAUCUGGCGGAAGAACUAGCCAAAGGUGAAACGGUAAAGCCGAAACCACCCAGCACCGACCAGCUGGAAGAUCCGGAUUGGCGAAGAUGGCAGCCGGAUCCGGUUAAUAUGGCACCGGCUGCACUGAAAUUCAUCUCCUCCAACAGACGGGUGGACAUUAUAUCGAUGGUGGUCGACAUCUAUGGUAGCAAGGAAAUAUUCGUGAACGAGUAUCGUAACCUGCUGGCGGAACGGCUGUUGUCCCAGGUGGAGCUGAGCAUCGAGAAGGAAGUGAAGCAACUGGAGCUGCUAAAGUUGCGCUUUGGCGAAAGUUUGCUGCACAGCUGCGAAGUGAUGCUGAAAGACAUUACGGAAUCAAAACGCAUUAAUGCACACAUUCAUUCACCGGAAGCGAGUGUCGGUGAGCUGGUGGUUCCGCACCAGGUGUCGGCGCUUAUCGUUUCGUCCCAGUUUUGGCCAACGUUCCGGAAGGAAACGAUGGAACUGCCCGACUCGAUCAAAACAAUGUUCGAGAAGUACACGAAAGCGUACGAAUCGUACAAAGUGAACAGGACUCUGCAGUGGACGCCCUUGAACGGGAAGGUAACGAUCGAGCUAGAGCACAAUGGCAAGACUCAGGAGAUGCAAGUAACGCCUGCCCAGGCCGCUAUAAUUAUACACUUUAGCGAACAGCCGCAAUGGGAACUGGAUAGCUUAGGCCAGAAGAUGAACAUGCCACCGAUUGUCCUACGCAAACGCAUCGUAUUCUGGCAAUCCCAUGGCCUAAUACGCGAAACGAAGGAAAACGUGUUCGUGCUGAUAGAUAAAGGUGCGGAAAGCGAAACCGUCUCCGAUACGAUACAACCCCAACCGAACGACGUGUGCGAAGAAGAGGAAGCGGAAAGUGCGAUGGAAUCGGCCAGCGAUCAGCGCGAGGAAGAGCUGCAAGUGUUCUGGUCGUACAUUGAAGCCAUGCUAACGAAUCUCGAUUCGUUGCCGCUGGACCGUAUACAUCAGAUGCUGAAAAUGUUCGCUUCCCAGGUGGACUUUACGCAGGACGAGCUGAAGCACAUCCUGCAGCGGAAGGUCCGAGAGCACAAGCUCGUGUACGCGGGCGGUGUUUAUCAGCUGCCAAAGUCGUAGA